ACGAGCGCGUGUCAAAUGGAACAAUGUAACGGAUCGGAGUUGACAGCCUCAGUCGAGAGGUUAUUGAUUAAUCACGGUCCGGCUCCAUAAGCAUAGAUAAGGGCAGAGAUCCGCCAGGAGUGACAGGAGAAUGACAGCAGGUCUGCAGUGUCUUCAAACCAAGGUGACAAGUCGACCUUAUCAGACUCAGGCAUUUCAGAAAAUUUGCUUUGAAUGGGGAACAUAAUUUGCAUGCUACCCAAGUUCAGGCAGGAUCUUACACAAACCUGGAGACGGGGAACGCACCUGCCUCUCUUCCUCGACCUGUAGACUCAUUCAUCAGCACCAGCCGUCUUUAAUGGGAUAAACUAUCUCCAGAGAUCAGGUGAACGGCUGAUCUAAACUUAAGACCUUCGAGCUUCUUAAUUUCUUCUUAAUUGACACUUUUCAUCCUAAGGCCUCCGCAUGGUACUCUGGUCGAAAGAUCAAGACAAACUGUCCGACAUGUCCACCGGGACGGAAAGGAUAGAGAUGAAGAAGGAGGGGGCGCUGCCGGCAUACCACCAAUCCAAUGGGUCUGUCCAUCCGGUAAUACUACCCGACAACCCCGAGGAGGUGCCGCAGACUCCCGGGGAGUACGAACUCACAGAGGUGACCUCCUUACCGGACCGCGCCGAUCAGGAGAACGAGCGGCCGGACAUGGUGGUCCUCGACUGUCGGGCCAACGCGAAGGGUCAGAGGGAGGAGGACGCACUCUUGGAGAACGCCAGCCAAAGCAAUGAGAGUGAUGACACUAGUACGGACCAAAGCCCGGUGCCACCGGCUCCACUGAAGGAAACGUCCUUCUCCAUUGGACUCCAGGUUUUGUUCCCUUUCCUGCUGGCAGGGUUUGGGACAGUUGCAGCUGGCAUGGUUCUGGACAUUGUUCAGCAUUGGACGGUAUUCACAGAGGUGACUGAAGUCUUUAUCCUGGUGCCUGCUCUCCUGGGCCUGAAAGGAAACCUGGAGAUGACCCUUGCGUCCAGACUGUCUACCGCGGCUAAUAUUGGACAAAUGGAUACCGCCAAGGAUAUGUGGAAAAUGAUCAUGGGAAACCUAGCACUAAUUCAGGUCCAGGCCACCGUGGUCGGCUUCCUGGCUUCCAUCGCUGCAGUCAUUUUUGGCUGGAUUCCAGAGGGUAAUUUUAACAUGGGUCAUGCCGUCCUGCUCUGUGCCAGCAGUGUGGCCACCGCAUUCAUCGCUUCUUUGCUGCUAGGUCUUAUCAUGAUCGGGGUUAUCAUUGCAUCCAGGAAGGUUGGCAUCAACCCAGACAACGUGGCCACCCCUAUUGCUGCCAGCCUUGGUGACCUGAUCACCCUGGCCCUGUUGGCUGGCAUCAGCACGGGCCUGUAUAAGGAACUCGAAUUCAAUGAUUAUGCCAACCCGAUGGUUUGUGCCUUCUUCGUCGCCCUGACGCCCAUCUGGGUGCUCAUCGCCCGGCGGAUACCUUCCACGCGAGAAGUGCUCUACUCCGGGUGGGAGCCUGUCAUUAUCGCCAUGGCUAUCAGCAGUGUUGGAGGCCUGAUUCUGGAUAAGACGGUAUCUAACCCCAACUUUGCUGGAAUGGCGGUUUUCACGCCCGUCAUCAACGGUGUGGGCGGCAAUCUGGUGGCGGUACAAGCCAGUCGAAUCUCCACUUACCUGCACAUGAACGCCCUGCCCUUAACGGAUCCAAACCCAACCCCCAUAAAAUGCCCUACUCCCUGUAGCUCGUUCCUUGGGUCAGGUGUCAACUCCCGGUCUGCCAGAGUGCUUUUCUUCCUGGUCGCUCCUGGUCAUCUGGUCUUCCUGUACACCAUUAACUCAAUGCAGGGUGGACACACCUCUCUCACAUACGUCUUCAUUGCAUUUUACCUGGCCGCUGCUCUGCUCCAGGUUGUGAUCCUGCUGUACCUUGCAGACUGGAUGGUUAACUGGAUGUGGAGUCGAGGGAUGGAUCCCGACAACUUCUCCAUUCCCUACUUGACCGCCCUGGGAGACCUGCUGGGGACGGGCUUCCUGGCUCUGUGUUUCCACAUCCUGUGGCUAAUUGGAGAUCGGGACACAGAUGUGGGUGAUUGAUCCAUGCUGCUUCCUUUGACUCUGUCCAAGCAACACAAAUGUCUUUAUUUAUAAUGCCACAUAGAGAAAUAAUAUCUAUAUUGUUAUGGCUACUAUGUCUACCAUGAUUAUAUUGAUGACAUUAUUGCUUUAGUAUUGAUUUGUAAUUUCGUUGUUGUUUAGCUACUGGGAGAACAGCAAUCCUCAUUAUUUUUCAAUGGGGAUGUUCGGCCCAAUUUUACGGCCAGUCGCGUUGGCUGCAUGUAAAGAUGACAUCGACCUAAACUUGAAAUAUUUCACGAGAGGCAAAUGAACAUAGAAUGCUUAAUCACCAAGUGCUACAAAAUGGAAUAGUUAUAAAAAAUGAGUUUUAAGGGGAAGACAAAAAAAAACAUAUUUUGGACCAUCACAGAAUGACAUGAAUAUCUAUUCCGGGCUAGAGAUUGAAAGGGUUACCUGGGUCUUAAUAGAGGAGACUGAAUCUCAAAGGGGACCUUAUUUACGCUAAAACACAUUUGAAGAAUUUUUUGCACAUCUCAGCAUUUCCAUCCAUCCAGCUUUCUUUCUUUUUUUUUUAUCUUUAUGCAGUAUCCCAAAAUUCACAUAAAAGUUGGUGGAAACAUAGACAAGCUUACAUAACAUCUACAGAAAUUAGACUUAAUUUUUAAAGUGUUCAAAAUGAAUUGGAAAUUAUUUGUAUGUAGCUGAAAGGAAAUAUGCAUUUGCAAAGCAUUUUAUCUGCCCUUUUCCUUUAAAAAAAAGAAGGUAAAAUUACCCAGUAAUGUGAUUUUUAAAAUGCAAAGUCUUAAACUGGAGGCGAGAAAGACUCAUCAUAGUCAACUAAAAAAAUACAAUGUUUUAACACAAAGCUCUAAGGGUCAAUUGAUGAAUAAGGAAAAGCACCUGCUCAUUGGCAAAAAACAUGAAACGCUUUACAAUACGAUCGAACAAUUGCUGUAUAAUUAUGCAAAAACACUUUAAAGGGCUAUUUUGACACAUACAAUGCUGUACCACUGCAUGCCAGCUGAAGAAGUGCUUUUGUAACCGGUUCCCGAAUGUGAUUUUGAAGUAAUGCUUUAUUAAAAUCCCUGGAAGAGGAGAUUAUUUCAUUUCGAAUGUUUUUUUGUGAGAUUAAUGCCACUCAGAAACACUUGAAAGGCUAAUAGGAUGGCUAGCAGCUAAACUGUACCUCGUUUCUCGGCCAUUAAAGUCUCUAAUCAGUAGUUUCCAGUAGGCUAAUGUAUACUUUAAUAACUAGCCAGGCCUUAUAAAGCAACUGACCGCGUUAUCGACAAUGUGUUUAACUGAAAUGUUAGCCUCCCAUCGCUAAAGGGCUGUGUGGAAACAUCGCUCCAUUUGCUGCUAAAUCUCACCAGUUCGCGCACAUCGUCAGCAAAAUGGAUUGGGACGACGACGUCGUAACAUUAAAAAAUACGUUGUUAGUAACGAUAUCUUGAACGUGUCCGUUUUUGUUUUAACUGUAACUUGUCAGUUUGUGUCACAAAUGUCUGUUUUUAACUUCGCAAGGGCGAAUUAUAGUGUUUUAAUAGAUCACUGUGCACAAGAUGUACUGUAAUGUCAUAAGUUACCACAAGAGGUCGCGCUUGUGCAGGGAGAGCAUGCAGCUGCAAAACGUGUCACGUGUUUAUAAUACCACAAUUCAAACAUCACAAACAUUUUUGUGCGACUGAUCCGGUGCUGCCAUUGUACCAUGACAGCUCUCUAUAGUUGUGAAUAUUUCUUCAGGGGACGGGAGGCUUUGUUUAUUUAUUUCUAUAGAUGUGACAAAGCUAUUUGUAAAUAAUAUAUUUAUUCUAUAAAUGUUUAUUUUUCAUUUUGUUGCAUUUUUUCUUUGCAUUGGACCAGUAGAGAUGUUUACUGUAAAUUUUAUCAGUAAUUUUUUUUUUUUUUUGGUAAACUUUAACAAAUAUAUCAAAGUUUGGUGCCUAAUAUCCAGCAAAACCUCACACUCGAUCUGGUUCGGUGAUUGAGCGUAAAUGCCUUAACAAAUCACAAGCAAGGCUCAACACGUAGGUUUUAUAGGUCUUCUGAUUUGUUUGUUAUUUUGUAUAUGAGCUUUUUUAAUUCAUGUUACAUUUUCAUAAUGUAUUCAUUUGAUUUGUGUACACAAAUCAUCCCAUCCGUUUGUGUUCUUCCAGGGCAGAUGUAUUGGUGGUCACUCAUCCAAAGCAAAGCCAUGAGAUUUCGUGAAUUAAUAUUUGCUUGAGGGUUGUCUAAUCUGUCACAUGUACUAUUCCCUCUCUUAUUGACCUAAUAUAGCUUUCUACAAGAAAACAUAACCUUCCCUGAGUUAAACUAAGCUUGAGAGUCAGAUCCCAGCCCCUUCAAGCAAGACCAUUGCAAACUUACCAGGUUAUCCAAGAGUGUACUAUUAAUGGUAACUGGUUUUCCCAAUCCUAUGAUUUCUUCCCCAUCAGUCAAGUGGACUUAAUAGAGGUACUUGUAAAUUGCUGGAAAUAAAAGAUUAUAUUAUUUCGUACGA